UGGGAAAAGAAAAAGUGCUGGAGCAGCUGUUGCGCCAGACUUUCUCUGUCCAAACGCAGUCAAUGUCUACAGACGUUUGUUUCUCUCCUGCUGAAAGUUACAGAAACGUGUAGCAACACUGAAAAUGCAUACCAUCCUUUCACGAACGCACCGUCCACAUUUUCUCGGGAAAGCAGUCGAUUGUGUGGCCAGUGUCCAUCUUCCGAGUGGUGCGAUGUGUCAGAAGACAGCAGUGAAACACCCAUCAUCUCAGAUGCCCUCAUGUGACUUUAAGCCUGAUUCAUACCAGGGCAUGUCUAAGGAGCGUUUGCUGGAGAUCAGGAAGCAGAACUGUCACCCCAUGACUAUGAAGGUGACGUACUACAGGCGGCCUGUGUUUAUUCAUCAGGGCUACAUGCAGUGGCUGUGGGACGUGGACGGGAAGCGCUAUCUCGACCUGUUCGCCGGGGUGGCCACGGUCAGCGUCGGACACUGCCACCCGAGAGUAAAUGAAGCAGCGGUGAAGCAGCUGAAGCAUCUAUGGCACACCACGGCCAUCUACAUCCACCCUCAGAUUCAGGAAUAUGCAGAGAAACUCGUCUCCCUCCUGCCUGAACCACUAAAGGUAGUUUACCUGACAAACAGUGGCUCGGAGGCUAAUGACCUGGCUACGCUCAUGGCACGGGUGCACACAGGCAACUAUGACAUCAUCACACUAAGAGGCUCCUAUCAUGGUGGCAGUCCUCUGGCGUUGGGUCUGACGUCAAACACAGCUUACAAAUACCCCGUGGCCUCUGGUUUUGGCUGCCAUAAUACCAUGUGUCCUGAUGUGUUCCGGGGUGUGUGGGGAGGGAGCCACUGCAGAGAUUCUCCUGUUCAGACCAUCAGAGAGUGCAGCUGCUCACCAGGUCACUGCCAGGCCAAUGACAGGUACAUUGAGCAGCUGAAGGAAACGUUCGACACAACUGUCCCCCAUCGCAUCGCUGCUUUCUUUGGAGAGCCCAUCCAGGGAGUCGGCGGAGCAGUCCAGUACCCUAAGAACUACCUGAAAGAGACGUACAAGCUUGUGCGGGAAAAAGGUGGAAUCUGCAUUGCAGAUGAGGUCCAGACUGGCUUUGGACGCACAGGAGGUCAUUUUUGGGGCUUUCAGGGUCAUGACGUCAUUCCAGACAUGGUUACUAUGGCGAAAGGCAUAGCUAACGGAUUCCCUAUGGGAGCUGUGGUCACUACAGAAGAAAUCGCCAGAUCGUUUGGAAAGGGGCUCCACUUCAACACAUUCGGUGGAAACCCUUUUGCCUGUGCCAUCGCAUCCUCUGUGCUGGAUACGAUUGCAGAGGACAGGCUUCAGGAGAACUGUGCUGUGGUGGGAACAUACCUGCUGACUGAACUGGCCAAGCUGAGGGAUAAAUACGAGAUCGUCGGGGAUGUCCGAGGAAAAGGCCUGCAGAUCGGGGUGGAGAUGGUUACAGACAAAGCGAGUUGUAAACCCCUCCCUCCAGAGGCCAUGGCUGAAAUUUUUGAAGACACCAAGGAUAUGGGGGUGCUGAUCGGCAAAGGAGGGAUUUAUGGGCAGACGUUCCGGAUAAAGCCGCCCAUGUGCAUCACGAAAGACGAUGUGGACUUCUUCCUGGCCGUGUUUGACCAGGCCCUGCAGAACUACACGGAGAGAAGAUAAGACGACAGAUCGAUAUUAGGUCUUAAAGAAAAUAAUAAUAUAGAGAAUCAACUGCUAAACCACAUCUUUACCUGAAAUAGGCAGAUCAGCACUGGCCCUGACUUUCUGAUUCUGUUUCAGGCAGACAUUAGAAAUGGCGCAGGGAACAAAUGCUUUUCAGAGAACACAGCCGAACCAAAAACUGGAGAAAACCAGCUGAUAACUUUAGCUAAUUUAAAAUGUGCUUAACUGGCUGAUAGUGGUUUUCUGUUUAAUAAUUCUGUUUACAAUUUUUAUGGAAUCUGGGAUUAGAAAUAAUAUUUUAACUCUAGUCUAGUUAGAAUUAAUUAA